AUGUCAACAAGAGGAAGAGGAAGCAAGGGAAGAGGAGGGGGCCGAGGAAAGGGUGUCUCCACAAGAUCUAAGGCCACAACAACUCUUGAUGUAGGAAUGCCAUCAGUCCAACCAGCAGCCCCAGCUACACCAACUGUGGAUCUGGCUGCAGAGGUAGCAAGAUUGAGGGAACAAUUGAGGCGGAGAGAUGAAAAGCAAGCCCCACCUACUUUUGAAGGGAAAGUUGAUCCCAUGGUGGCUGAGGAUUGGUUAAGAUCAAUUGAGGCCAUCUUCGAUCAUAUGGAGUUGAAUGAUCGCCAGAGAAUUUCAUGUACAGCCCAUUUACUCAAGUUUGAUGCACAAAUAUGGUGGGAUGUGGUUAAGCAAACUCGUGACCUAAAUACCAUGACUUGGGCAGACUUUAUUCAGGCAUUUAGCAAGAAGUAUCACAGUGCGGCCAUGUUAGCAACCAAAGUAAAUGAGUUCAUGACUUUGGUUCAGGGAAACGUAUCUAUCACUGACUAUGCGUAG